AUGAUAGUUGAAUGCGAGUUUCCAUUCAAGUUCAUUGAGCAUCCACGGUUUAAGAGUUUUUAUGCGGCAUUGUGUCCAAGGUACAAUCCUCCUACAAGGCCUACUGUUAGGAAGAAGGUGAUUGACAAGUAUGAUGAUAUUACCAAAAACUUGAAGAAGAUUUUCCAAAACAAUGGUUCAAAGAAAAAGAUUAUCAACUUUAGGUCAAUUACUAGCCACAGAGGUGAGGCUAUGGGUAGAGUAAUAGAGAACUGCUUAAAAGAUUGGGAGAUCAAGAAGCUUUUCACUAUAAUAGUCGAUAAUGCCAGUUCCAAUGAUCAUCUUGUCAACUACUUGAAGAGGAGAUUUGCUAGUAUCGCACUAGGUGAUUAUGUGCAUAUGAGAUAUGUUGCACACAUAAUCAACCUAGUCGUUUCAGAAGGCAUGAAAGAAACAAUUGAUUCUAUUAAUCGAGUUCGUGAUGCAAUUAAAUUUAUUCGAGCUUCAUCUGUAAGGAUUCAUAAGUUCAAAGAAUGUGUAGAGAUGGAAAGAAUUAAAAGUAAGAGCUUGUUGUGCUUAGAUGUGUGCACUAGAUGGAACUUGACUUUCUUGAUGUUAGAAGCUACUCAGAAGUUUGCACAUGCAUUUGAAAGAUUUGAGGAGUUAGAGCCACAUAUUAUGAGUGAGCUAUCAGUAGAAUGUGGAAUGUCAAAGCAAGAAGAUUGGAGCAAUGUCAGAAGAUUGGUGACUUUUCUUCGUUACUUUUAUGAGCUUACAUUGAAGGUAUCUGGCACUUCUUAUGUUACUUCUAAUAAUUUCUUUCAUGAUUUGAAUAUACUGUAUUAUGUGUUACAUGAGAUGAAGGGUUCUAAUGAUGCUCAAAUGAGCUCGAUGGCUAAUAGGAUGAUUGCAAAAUGCGAAAAAUAUUGGGGGGGGGGGGGAGAAAUCUGA